AUGGCUGUGGACACGGAAACCACGCCGCUGCUGGCCCAGAAACAGCCGCACGACCAAGACAAACGCGAGAAAAAAUGGGUCGAGGCCAAGAUACUGUUGAUGGGCUUCAUCAUGAGUCUGUCGCUGUCCUUCACCCAGGUGCCCAUGCUCUACGCCUUCCGCCUCAUGACAUGCGACGAGUUUUACAAAACCCAUGAGAUCCCGCCGCCCGGCCAUGACCGCUGUGCAGUCCACGAAAUCGAGGCCGAAACCGCUCGUCAGGUCACGCUAGUCGGCACGUCGACCACCAUCGUUGGCGUCAUGAACCUGCUGCUCAGCGGCUACAUGAUCAAAAAACUCGGCCCCCGAUUCGCCAUGGUCCAGCAGACCUUCUUCCCCGUGAUUCGGUUGAUGUGCCAAAACGUCGGAGUCAUGGUCGGCGGCAUGACCGGCAUCAUCAUCAUCCAGUCCACCCAGCUCAUCUGCCUCUUCGGCGGCCCUGCUGGCUACAUGCUCGUCCUCAACACCUUCAUCUCCGAAGUCGUGUCUCCCGCCCAGCGCACCGCAGUCUUCGGCAAGCUCCAAGGCAUCAUCAUGUUCGGCACCGCCCUGGGCUACCUCCUCGGCGGCGUCUUCGGCGACCUGUUCGGCAUCCAAGCACCGUGGGAGAUCGCCAUGUGCUCCAUGGCCUUUGCCACCCUCUACGCCUACUUCUUCCUGCCCUACGUGCCGCCGCCGAAGCAGGACGAAGAGUCGGAGAAGAAGCAGGGCCUGUCGCGCUUCCUGGGGCCGGCCAAGAUGCUCGCCCCGCAGAGGUGGCGCCUCCCCGACGGCCGCAUCAAGCGCCACUUUGGCGUCCCGCUGCUGUUCGGCGGCAUCUUCACCGGCGUGCUGGCCACGGGCUACAUCCCCACCCUCAUCCAGAUGUUUUCGACCAUCAAGUUCGGCUUCGGGACCAAGGAGAACGGCGUCCUGAUGUCCUACUACUGCGUCAUCCGCGGCACCUUCCUCACCUUCGCCUUCCCCCACAUCAUCGACCACGGCCGCAAGUGGUUCGCCACCUCCACCCUCUUCAACCCCCACGCCUCAUGCACCAGUACGUCCCCAGCGGCGGUACUCCCACCCGCCCCAUCCCCCCACUCCGCCCACCUCGCACCCCCCACCACCACCACCGCCACCACCCCGACAUCCAAACGCUCCCGCCGCGUCUCCGCCGCCCAAGACAUGGAAGCCGCCAUAUCCACCUGCCUCGAAGACUCGGCCGACCCCUCGACCGCCAUCCUCGACCCGACACCGACGUCGACGACCGGCCCCGCAUCGCAACAGCAUUCGAGCAGCGCCUUCGACCUCUUCUUCCUCAAAUGGAGCCUCGCGGCCGACGGGGUCCUGACGGGCCUGGCGGCGCUGUGCGCGCAGUCGUGGCACGUCUUCGCGGUGGCGACGCUGCUGCCGCUGGCGUCGGGCAGCGCGUCGGCGGCCAAGAGCGUCAUGAUCGACAUGUGUCCGGCGGCGCAAAAGGCCGACGCGCUGGGGGCGAUUAGCUUGGUGGAGAUGGUGGCGACGCUGUCGACGU